AUGGCGGCGGCGGCGGGCGGCGGCAGUUGCCCCGGGCCUGGCUCCGCGCGGGGCCGCUUCCCGGGCCGGCCGCGGGGUUCGGGCGGGGGCGGGGGCCGCGGCGGACGCGGCAGCGGGGCCGAAAGAGUGCGGGUAACCCUGCGGCGCGGUGGCGCGGUGGGGCCCGGCGGGGCCGAACCCGGAGAGGACACGGCCCUACUCCGCUUGCUGGGAUUCCGUCGGGGCCUGCGCCGGCUCCGCCGCCUGUGGGCCGGCCCGCGGGUUCAUCGAGGCCGGGGCCGGGGCCGGGGCCGUGGCUGGGGCUCGGGCCGAGGCUGCGUGCCGGAGGAGGAAAGCAGUGACGGGGACACGGACGAGGAGGAGUUUCAGGGUUUUCAUUCAGAUGAAGAUGUGGCCCCCAGUUCCCUGCGCUCUGCGCUCCGAUCCCAGCGAGGUCGAGCCCCCCGAGGUCGGGGCCGAAAGCAUAAGACGACCCCCCUUCCUCCUCCUCGCCUAGCAGAUGUGACUCCUAUCCCCCCAAAGACCCCUGCUCGGAAACGGGGUGAGGAGGGCACAGAACGGAUGGUGCAGGCACUGACUGAACUUCUCCGGCGGGCCCAGGCACCCCCAGUCCCCCGGAACCGGGCAUGUGAACCCUCAACCCCCCGUCGGUCUCGGGGACGACCCCCAGGACGGCCAGCAGGCCCCUGCCGGAAGAAGCAGCAAGCAGUAGUGGUAGCAGAAGCGGCUGUGACAAUCCCUAAGCCCGAGCCCCCACCUCCUAUGGUUCCAGUAAAACACCGAACUGGCAGCUGGAAGUGCAAGGAGGGACCUGGUCCAGGACCUGGCACUCCCAGGCAUGGAGGACAGCCUGGGAGAGGAGGCCGUGGAGGCAGGGGCAGAGGCCGAGGCGGGCUUCCCCUCAUGAUCAAGUUUGUUUCAAAGGCCAAAAAGGUGAAGAUGGGACAGUUGUCCUUGGGAUUCGAAUCAGGUCAGGGUCAAGGUCAACAUGGGGAAAGCUGGCAGGAUACACCCCAGAGAAGAGUUAAAUCUGGACAGGAAGGGGGUCCUUGUUGGAAGAAGCAGGAGCAGAACCUGGAGGAGGAAGGAGAGGAGAAGAAAAAAGAAGCAGAGGGAGACAAAGAGCUGGCAGAGGAGAAGGAAGAGACAGCUAUGGUAGAGGAAGAGGUGAUGCUGGCCAAGGAAAAGGAAGAGGCGAAGCCAUUGUCACCGCCCCUGACUCCUCCAGCUCCUGUACCUCCUCCUCCUCCUCCUCCUCCUCCUCCUCCUCCUCCACCUCCACUUUGCCCUCCCCCCUCCUCAGCCUCUCCCCCUCCCCCACCCUCCUCUCCACUGCCUCCAGCCCCUGAGGAGCAGGAAGAGUCCCCUCCUCCUGUGGUCCCAGCUACCUGCUCUAGAAAGAGGGGCCGGCCUCCUCUGACUGCCAGCCAGAGGGCAGAACGGGAAGCUGCUCGGGCCGGGCCAGAAAGCACCUGUCCUCCCACUCCAAACCCCAGCAGCACCGUAGGAGGCCCUCCAGAAGACAGUCCCACCGUGGCCCCCAAAAGUACCACUUUCCUGAAGAAUAUACGGCAGUUUAUUAUGCCCGUGGUGAGUGCCCGCUCCUCCCGUGUCAUCAAGACCCCCCGGCGAUUUAUGGAUGAAGACCCACCCAAGCCCCCAAAGGUGGAGGUCUCCCCUGUUCUGCGACCUCCCAUUGCCACCUCCCCAGCUGCUCCCCAAGAACCACCACCGCCAGUCCCAUCUCCACCGCGUGCCCCGACUCCCCCAUCCACCCCAGUUCCACUCCCUGAGAAGAGACGGUCCAUCCUGAGGGAGCCCACAUUCCGCUGGACCUCACUCACCCAGGAGACGCCGCCUCCCCCACCCGCCCCUCCCCCAGCCCCAUCACCACCCCCUGCCCCUGUUGCUCCCUCCCGGAGGCCGCUACUCCUUCGUGCCCCUCAGUUUACCCCAAGUGAAGCCCACCUGAAGAUCUAUGAAUCGGUGCUUACUACUCCCCUUGGGGCUCCGGAAGCCCCUGAGCCAGAGCCUCCUCCCGCUGACGACUCUCCCGCUGAGCCUGAGCCACGGGCAGUGGGCCGCACCAACCACCUCAGCCUUCCACGAUUUGUCCCUGUGGUCACCACUCCUGUUAAGGCCGAGGUGCCUCCCCACGGGGUUCCUGCUCCAAGCAGUGGGCAGCAGCCCCUCCAAGCCCUGCAGCCCCAGCUCCUGUCCCAGCCACUGCCUCCACCGCAGCCCCAAGCCCAGCCACAGUUUCAGCUGCAGCCAGCCUCGCCAUCACCGCAGCACACAGCCGUACUGGAGAAGGCCCGGGCCACAAGCCUGGGUUCGCCACCACUGUCUGGGGUGGAGGAGAAAAUGUUCAGCCUUCUCAAGAGAGCCAAGGUGCAGCUGUUUAAGAUUGACCAGCAGCAGCAGCAGAAAGUGGCGGCCUCAAUGCCGCUGAGCCCUGGAGGGCAAAUGGAAGAGGCCGUGGGGCCCAUCAAGCAGGCCCCAGACAGAAGUGGUCUCAAGUCUGAAGAUGAAUCAUUGGAAGCUAAGAGAGAGCGAGCAUCGGGCCCUGAGUCCCCUGUGCAAGGGCCCCGCAUCAAACAUGUCUGCCGCCAUGCUGCUGUAGCCCUGGGUCAGGCACGGGCCAUGGUGCCUGAAGAUGUCCCCCGCCUCAGUGCCCUCCCUCUCCGAGACCGGCAGGACCUUGCCACCGAGGAUACGUCGUCAGCGUCGGAGACUGAGAGCGUACCAUCCGGGUCCCAGCCAGGAAAGGUGGAAGCAGCAGGCCCUGGGGGAGACUUGGAGCCUGCGGGGUCUGGAGGCACCCUGGCCCACACACCCCGGCGCCCCCUGCCCUCCCAUCAUGGCAAGAAGAUGCGGAUGGCCCGCUGUGGGCACUGUCGGGGCUGUCUGCGUGUGCAGGAUUGUGGGUCCUGUGUCAACUGCUUAGACAAACCUAAGUUUGGGGGCCCCAACACGAAGAAGCAGUGCUGUGUAUACCGGAAGUGUGAUAAGAUAGAGGCUCGCAAGAUGGAGCGGCUGGCCAAAAAAGGCCGGACGAUAGUGAAGACGCUGUUGCCCUGGGAUUCCGAUGAAUCUCCUGAGGCCUCCCCUGGUCCUCCAGGCCCACGCCGGGGGGCGGGAGCUGGGGGGCCCCGGGAGGAGGUGGGGCCCACCCCUGGGCCCGAGGAGCAGGACUCCCUCCUACUGCAGCGCAAGUCAGCCCGGCGCUGCGUCAAACAGCGGCCGUCCUAUGAUGUCUUCGAGGACUCAGACGACUCGGAGCCCGGGGCUCCUGCUCCACGGCGCCGGACUCCCAGAGAACAUGAGCUGCCUGUGCCAGAACCUGAGGAGCAGAGCAGGCCCCGCAAACCCACCCUGCAGCCUGUGUUGCAGCUCAAGGCCCGAAGGCGUCUGGACAAGGAUGCUUUGGUCUCUGGCCCCUAUGCUUCUUUUCCCAAUGGCUGGACUGGGAAACAGAAGUCUCCCGAUGGCGUGCACCGGGUCCGUGUGGACUUUAAGGAGGAUUGCGACCUAGAGAAUGUGUGGCUGAUGGGUGGCCUGAGUGUGCUGACGUCCGUGCCUGGGGGGCCGCCAAUGGUGUGCUUGCUGUGUGCCAGCAAAGGCCUCCAUGAGUUGGUGUUCUGCCAAGUCUGCUGUGACCCUUUCCACCCAUUCUGCCUGGAGGAGGCGGAGAGGCCCCUUCCCCAGCAUCACGACUCUUGGUGCUGCCGCCGCUGCAAAUUCUGCCAUGUCUGUGGACGAAAAGGUCGAGGAUCCAAGCACCUCCUAGAGUGUGAGCGCUGCCGCCAUGCCUACCACCCAGCCUGCCUAGGACCCAGCUACCCCACCCGGGCCACUCGAAGACGUCGCCACUGGAUCUGUUCAGCAUGCGUGCGCUGUAAGAGCUGUGGGGCGACUCCGGGCAAGAACUGGGACGUGGAGUGGUCUGGGGAUUAUAGCCUCUGCCCUAGGUGCACCCAGCUCUAUGAGAAAGGAAACUUCUGCCCAAUUUGCACCCGCUGUUACGAAGACAAUGACUACGAAAGCAAGAUGAUGCAGUGCGCGCAAUGUGACCACUGGGUGCACGCCAAGUGUGAAGGGCUCUCAGACGAAGACUAUGAGAUUCUCUCUGGGCUGCCAGACUCCGUGCUCUACACAUGUGGGCCGUGUGCAGGUGCCACACAGCCCCGAUGGCGGGAGGCCCUGAGUGGGGCCCUCCAGGGGGGCCUGCGCCAGGUGCUCCAGGGCCUGCUCAGCUCCAAGGUGGCCGUCCCACUGCUGCUGUGUACCCAGUGUGGGCAGGAUGGGAAGCGCCUGCACCCAGGAGCCUGUGGUUUGCAAGCUGUAGGUCAGCGCUUUGAGGAAGGCCACUACACGUCUGUGCACAGCUUCAUGGAGGACAUGGUGAGUGUCCUGACGAGGCGCGCAGAAGAAGGCGAGGCCCCUGAGCGUCGGGCAGGGGCUCAGGUGAAGGGGCUUCUGCUAAAGCUGCUAGAGUCUGCGUUCGGCUGGUUCGACGCCCAUGAUCCCAAGUACUGGCGACGGAGUACCCGGCUGCCAAAUGGAGUCCUCCCCAACGCGGUAUUACCCCCAUCCCUGGAUCACGUCUAUGCUCAGUGGAGACAGCAGGAACUGGAGACCCCAGAAUCAGGGCAGCCUCCAGGGGAUCCCUCAGCAGCUGUGCAGGGCAAGGAUGCAGCUGCAUUCUCACACUUGGAGGACCCUCGGCAGUGUGCGCUCUGCCUCAAGUAUGGGGAUGCUGACUCUAAAGAGGCGGGACGGCUCCUCUACAUUGGGCAGAAUGAGUGGACACACGUCAACUGUGCCAUUUGGUCAGCUGAAGUAUUUGAGGAGAACGACGGGUCCCUCAAGAAUGUGCAUGCCGCUGUGGCUCGGGGGCGGCAGAUGCGCUGCGAGCUCUGCCUGAAGCCUGGGGCCACGGUGGGCUGCUGCCUGUCCUCCUGCCUCAGCAACUUCCACUUCAUGUGUGCCCGGGCCAGCUACUGCAUCUUCCAGGAUGACAAGAAGGUCUUCUGCCAGAAGCACACCGACCUCCUGGAUGGCAAGGAGAUCGUGACCCCUGAUGGGUUCGAUGUUCUCCGCCGCGUCUAUGUGGACUUCGAGGGCAUCAACUUCAAGCGAAAGUUCUUGACAGGGCUUGAACCUGAUGCCAUCAAUGUGCUCAUUGGCUCCAUCCGGAUUGACUCCCUUGGCACUCUGUCUGACCUCUCUGAUUGUGAGGGCCGUCUCUUCCCCAUCGGCUACCAGUGCUCCCGCCUCUACUGGAGCACAGUGGAUGCUCGGAGGCGCUGCUGGUACCGGUGCCGGAUUCUGGAGUAUCGCCCGUGGGGGCCUAGGGAGGAGCCUGUCCACCUAGAGGCUGCCGAGGAGAACCAGACCAUUGUGCACAGCCCCACCCCGUCCCCAGAGCCUGCAGAUCAUGAGGAAUCCCCGCCAGAUGCAGACACCCUCACCCCUGGAGCUGCCCAGCACCCAUCACCCAUCCUGAAUCUGGAUCCCCCCCUGCGGCUGGAUGCCAGCAGCGCUCCUCCUCCAGCCCCCCGCUCCUUCUCAGGGGCUCGAAUCAAAGUGCCCAACUAUUCCCCCUCGCGGAGGCCCCUGGGAGGUGUCUCCUUUGGCCCGUUGCCGUCCCCUGGAAGCCCUUCUCUGACCCACCACAUCCCCACAGUGGGAGACCUCGACUUCCCCGCUCCUCCCAGACGCGCUCGGCGGCCCAGCCCGCUGGCCCCCAGGCCCCCUCUGUCCUGGCGAGCCUCCCCUCCUCUGCGAGCCUCCCCUCCGCUCAGGGUGCCCACUCCUACCUCAGUCGUUUCGGCCCUCUCACCUACCUCAGGGGAGCUGGCUCCCCCUGGCCUGGCCCCAUCUCCUCUGCCUCCCACCGAAGACCUGGGCCCGGACUUUGAGGACAUGGAAGUGGUGUCAGGACUGAGUGCUGCCGACCUGGACUUUGCAGCCAGCCUGCUGGGGACCGAGCCCUUCCAGGAGGAGAUUGUGGCCGCGGGGGCUGUGGGCAGCAGCCAUGGGGGCCCCGGGGACAGCUCAGAAGAAGAGGCCAGCCCCACCCCUCGCUACAUCCACUUCCCUGUGACGGUGGUGUCCAGCCCCGCCCUCGCCCCUGGCCCGAUCCCUGGAACUCCCCGAAUUGAGCAGCUGGAUGGAGUGGAUGACGGCACGGACAGUGAGGCCGAGGCAGUCCAGCAGCCCCGGGGCCAGGGCACACCGCCUCCAGGGCCCGGUGUGGGCCGAGCUGGCACCCUGGGGGUCGCAGGGGACAGAGCCCGGCCGCCUGAGGACCUUCCUUCAGAAAUCGUGGAUUUUGUAUUGAAGAACCUGGGGGGGCCUGGAGAGGGGGCUGCUGGUCCCAGAGAAGAGUCACUUCCCCCGCCACCUCCUCUGGCCAAUGGCAGCCAGCCCUCCCAAGGCCUGCCCCCCAGCCCGGCCGACCCCGCCCGGACGUUUGCCUGGCUACCAGGGGCCCCUGGGGUCCGGGUGUUGAGCCUGGGCCCUGCUCCUGAGCCCCCCAAACCUGCCACCUCCAAAAUCAUUCUUGUCAACAAGCUAGGGCAAGUGUUUGUGAAGAUGGCUGGGGAGGGCGAGCCCAUGCCUCCCCCAGUAAAGCAGCCCCCUCUGCCCCCAAUCAUCCCUCCCACCGCCCCCGCCUCCUGGACUCUGCCCACAGGGCCCCUGCUCAGCGUGCUGCCGGUGGUGGGUGUGGGGGUGGUGCGCCCCGCACCGCCCCCACCCCCACCCCCAACCCCACUCACACUGGUGUUCAGCAGUGGGCCCCCCAGCCCACCGCGCCAGGCCAUCCGCGUUAAGAGGGUGUCCACCUUCUCGGGCCGCUCCCCACCCGCACCUCCCCCCAACAAGACCCCCCGGCUGGACGAAGAGGGGGAACCCUUGGACGAUGCCCCUCAAGUUCCAGGGCUUGGGAGCAGUGGGUUCAGUCGAGUGAGGAUGAAGACGCCCACAGUGCGUGGGGUCCUCGACCUGGACCAUUCUGGAGAGGAGAGCCCAGGGUCCCUCCAGGAACGCUCCCCUUUGCUGCCACUGCCAGAUGGGGGCCCCCCGCAGGCCCCGGAGGCCCCCUCAGACCUGCUGCUCGAGUCCCAAUGGCACCACUACUCAGGUGAGGCCUCCAGCUCAGAGGAAGAGCCUCUGUCCCCGGAGGACAAGGAGAACCUGGCUCCCAAGCGUGCCGGCCCGCACCUGCGCUUCGAGAUCAGCAGUGAGGACGGCUUCAGCGUGGAGGCCGAGAGUUUGGAGGGGGCCUGGAGAGCUCUUAUUGAGAAAGUGCAGGAGGCCCGAGGGCAUGCACGCCUCCGACAUCUUUCCUUCAGUGGAAUGAGUGGGGCCAGGCUCCUGGGCAUCCACCAUGAUGCUGUCAUCUUCCUGGCCGAGCAGCUGCCAGGGGCUCAGCGCUGCCAGCACUACAAGUUCCGCUACCACCAGCAGGGAGAGGGUCAGGAGGAGCCACCCCUAAACCCCCACGGGGCUGCCCGCGCUGAGGUCUAUCUCCGGAAGUGUACCUUUGACAUGUUCAACUUCCUGGCCUCUCAGCACCGGGUGCUCCCCGAGGGGGCCACCUGCGAUGAGGAAGAGGAUGAAGUGCAGCUCAGGUCCACCAGACGUGCCACCAGCCUGGAGUUGCCCAUGGCCAUGCGUUUUCGCCACCUCAAGAAGACGUCCAAAGAGGCUGUGGGGGUCUACCGGUCGGCCAUCCAUGGGCGAGGCCUGUUCUGCAAGCGCAACAUCGACGCUGGCGAGAUGGUCAUUGAGUACUCGGGCAUCGUCAUCCGUUCCGUGCUGACGGACAAGCGGGAGAAGUUCUACGAUGGCAAGGGCAUCGGGUGCUACAUGUUCCGCAUGGAUGACUUCGACGUGGUGGAUGCCACAAUGCAUGGCAACGCUGCCCGCUUCAUCAACCACUCGUGUGAGCCCAACUGCUUCUCGCGUGUCAUCCACGUGGAGGGUCAGAAGCACAUUGUCAUCUUUGCCCUGCGCCGCAUCCUGCGUGGGGAGGAGCUCACGUACGACUACAAGUUCCCCAUCGAAGAUGCCAGCAACAAGCUGCCCUGCAACUGCGGUGCCAAGCGCUGCCGCCGCUUCCUCAACUGACAAGAAGCUCGCCAUGGCUCCAGUCCUCCCAGAGUGCCUCCCUCCUCCCUCCUGCUCAGGGCGGAGUGGGGCACCCCGGCCGGGCCCUGCAUCCACCCCACCAGGCUACCCAGCCAUCACCCCCUUCCCGCCCUGGGGACCCAGGAUGUAGAUACUGUACAAAGGUUUCUAAAUCCCUUCUUUUCUAUGCACUUUUUUAUUUAAGAGGGGGGGGCUUCCAGGUGGGAACCCCUCACAAUAAAGUCUGUCAAUGUUUGGA